UACCAUUUAAAACCAGUCACAGCUUAAAGACACUUAGAAUGUGGAAACAUUCUAACAAAUUGAUCAACCGAAACGCUUCCUGCAGUCAGCUGUGGAUUGAUAGGAAACUAUCUGUUGGAGGAACUCUCAGUCAGCAGACCCAGUUGGAACUUGCGGACACUUCGACGCCUCGCAUAGAUGCGAAAUGGCAACAGGCCAGGCCGUAUGGAGAAAUACCUGGUCCAAGCGCCCUGAGAAUGUUAUCCUUUUUUAUGCCAGGCGGAGCGCUUCGCAAUACAAACUUGAUUCAGAUGAACCGCCGCAUGAGGGAGAUGUACGGGGAUAUAUACUGCAUACCCGGAAUGAUGGGCAAACCGAACGUAGUCUUCACCUACAAUCCCGAGGACUUCGAGAUGACCUACCGCAACGAGGGCGUUUGGCCCAUUCGCAUCGGUCUGGAGAGCUUGAACUACUAUCGCAAGACUCACAGACCCGAUGUCUUUAAAGGUGUUGGUGGUUUGGUAUCUGAUCAGGGUCAGGAAUGGGCUGAUAUUCGCAACAAGGUUAAUCCCGUUCUUAUGAAAGUUCAGAAUGUGCGGCAAAAUCUAACGCAACUUGACCAGAUAGCUAAGGAGUUUAUAGACAAAUUGGAAACUCAAAGGAAUCCAGAGACCCACACUCUGAGUACUGACUUCCACAAUCAGCUGAAGAUGUGGGCCUUCGAGUCCAUUAGCUUUGUGGCACUGAACACCCGCAUGGGUUUACUUAGUGACAAUCCAGAUCCCAAUGCCGAUCGUCUGGCCAAACAUAUGGGUGACUUUUUUACCUAUAGCUUCCAGUAUGAUGUGCAGCCCUCCAUUUGGACCUUUUAUAAAACCGCUGGCUUUCGGAAGUUUCUCAAAACCUACGACGAUAUCACCGAGAUUACCUCGAAUUACAUAGAGACGGCGAUGAAGCGCUUUGGUAACGAUGAAAACCGGAAGACCAAAUGCGUUUUGGAGCAGUUGCUGGCACUCAACAAGAAGGUGGCUGUGACCAUGGUUAUGGACAUGCUAAUGGCUGGAAUCGAUACGACAUCAUCAGCCUGCCUGACGAUCCUCUAUCACUUGGCUCGCAACCCCUCCAAGCAGGAGAAACUUCGUCGGGAGCUUCGCCGCAUAAUGCCCACACCCAAGGACUCCUUGACCGAUGUGAAUACCAAAAACAUGCCUUAUCUGCGAGCCUGCAUCAAGGAGGGUCUGCGUAUCACCUCCAUUACGCCGGGAAACUUUCGCAUAACACCUAAGGAUCUAGUGCUGUCGGGCUAUCAGGUGCCACGUGGCACUGGUGUGCUCAUGGGUGUCCUGGAGCUGUCCAACAGCGAUGACUACUUUGCCCAGAGCUCCGAGUUCAUGCCGGAACGUUGGCUCAAGUCCGACUUGGCGCCGGAUAUCCAGGCUUGUCCAGCAGCCCGCACCCGUAACCCCUUCGUAUACCUGCCAUUUGGCUUUGGACCUCGCACCUGUAUCGGCAAAAGGAUUGCGGAGCUGGAGAUCGAAACGCUGCUGGCGCGACUUUUGCGCAACUACAAGGUCAGCUGGCUACCCGAGACUGCGAUGGAAUAUGAGAGCACCAUUAUCCUGGCACCCUGCGGUGAUAUUCGCUUCAAACUGGAACCAGUCGGUCGGUGAUUCAAUGUGAUAUGUUCAUCCUGAGCUCAAGUACAGACUACCGGUUAAGUUCAGAGAUU